GUUCAAAGCUGAACGCGACGGUCGUCGUCGUUUGUCAAUGCGCAUCGCUACACCGAACUCUGAUCUCGUCUCUCGCUCUCUCGCGCGCUCGUACGAAUGUGAAAGAAACGUGCGCGGCAUCGAUUUGAAUUAACACGCUCAGUCGUCAUAAAUGUUUGAAUAUCAGUUUAAAUAGUGCACAAUUACAAAUUAAACCAAAUAGUCUCAAUUAUAAAUAAAGAACAAGCAACAAAAGUCAGGUCGGCAUGUAUGCGACAAAAAACGUGCGUCCACGCAGCAGCCUCUCCACAGACGACAAUCAUCGCAUUAAGGAUACGACUCGCGUGCACAAGAAAUCGCCAAGCAACACGGUCCUCACGCUGGUCGCGUUUUGUGUGUUCCUCUUGGUCCUCUGCACUUUUCUGCUGGGCGCACUGGUUUAUGUGGGCAAAAAUAUUGCCGAUGAGCACCUGAAGCAGCAGGCGAACAGUGCUGGCAGUCUAACUGUAUUUAAUGAUACAGUACGCACCAUAUAUGUGGAUCGUGAUCAGUUAUUGUCCACCAAGCCAAUAUUGAGUGUGCUCUCAGAUAAUCGAGCAUACACCACCCAAGUGCCAACAACAAGAAAAGUACACGCCAUGGCCGCCAUAUCACCUGAAAUUCGAGCUGUUAGCCGUGUACUGCAGAAGCUCACCUACCGCUUGCCCAAGGCGCUUCAGCCGCAAAAAUACAAGUUGGAUUUGCGUCCCGAUUUCGAUGCGAAGAGCUAUACGGGCAACAUUAGCAUCUAUUUACAAGUACUGGAUCCCAUCGCAUUUAUACCCGUGCAUAUUAAUCAAUUAAAUGUGAGCCAUGGGCAACUGCAGCGCCUGGAUGAUUCGGGUGCUCUAUUGGCGGAGAUCAAGCCAACGCUCAGCUUUGCCCAUCCCGAUCUCGAGUAUUGGGUGAGCGAAUUCGAUCAGCCACUGGAGGUGGGCAACUAUACUUUGCAUCUGAAAUUCAAUGGUUCAUUGGUCGAUCGCUUAACCGGAAUGUACCAAAGCUCAUACUACGAUUCGGUGACCAAUCGCAGCAGACAUAUCAUUUCCACCAAAUUCGAGCCCACCUAUGCGCGCAGAGCCUUCCCCUGUUUCGAUGAGCCGCAUCUAAAGGCGCAGUUUGUCAUCACUGUUGCCCGUCCCAGUGGGAGUGAAUACCACGUGCUCUCCAAUAUGCCAGUUGCCAGCGAACACAUUGAGGGCGAUCUGACUGAGGUGACAUUCGAGGAGACAGUGCCCAUGAGCACCUAUUUGGCUGCCUUUGUCGUUUCGGACUUUGCGCAUAUUUCGAAAAAAAUUGGAGGAACCAACAUCGACAUAAGCGUUUUUGCGCCGAAAGCACAGAUUCCGAAGGCCCAAUACGCCUUAGAUACUGGCGCCGGCGUUAUUGAAUAUUAUAUAGAUAUCUUCAACAUUUCGUAUCCGUUGCCCAAAUUGGAUAUGGUUGCCAUACCCGACUUUGUCUCCGGUGCCAUGGAGAACUGGGGUCUGGUCACAUACCGGGAGACGGCGCUGCUGUACGAUGAGAAGACCAGCUCCAGCGCGAACAAGCAACGCGUUGCCAGUGUCGUUGCCCAUGAACUGGCCCAUCAAUGGUUUGGCAAUUUGGUCACCAUGAAAUGGUGGAACGAUCUGUGGCUCAACGAAGGCUUUGCCUCAUUCAUCGAGUACAAGGGCGUGCAGUACAUGCACCCUGAUUGGGAUAUGUUGAAUCAAUUUGUGAUUGACGAGCUGCAUCCAGUGCUGAAGAUCGAUUCCACGCUUGCAUCACAUCCCAUUGUCAAAACGAUUGAGAGUCCUGCUGAGAUCACCGAAUACUUCGAUACCAUCACCUACUCUAAGGGCGCCUCUUUGGUGCGCAUGCUGGAGAAUCUUGUGACCGAGGAGAAACUGAAAAACGCCACCACGCGCUAUUUGUACCGCCAUAUAUAUAGCACAGCCACCACCGAAGAUUAUUUGACGGCCGUUGAGGAAGAAGAGGGUCUCGACUUUGAUGUCAAGCAAAUCAUGCAAACGUGGACCGAACAGAUGGGACUGCCAGUGGUUGAGGUGGUGAAGGAUGGAAACAAUUACAGACUGAAACAGAAACGUUUUCUAGCCAAUCAGGAUGACUAUAAUGUUGAGGUCGAGCCGUCUUCCUUCAACUAUCGCUGGUCCAUACCAAUAACCUACAUAACAAGCGCGGACAGCACGCCAAAGACCACAAUAUUCAGCUAUAACGAUAACCAGCUUGUCAUCUCUGUGCCAAGCACUGUUAGUUGGGUAAAGUUCAACAAGGAUCAGGUGGGCUACUAUCGUGUCAACUAUGCCGAGGAGCAAUGGAAAACCUUGCUUGAAGCUCUGAAGAAUUCGCGGGAAACAUUCAGCACAGCGGAUCGUGCACAUUUGUUGAACGAUGCCAAUGCCUUGGCGGAUGCAGCACAGCUGGACUACACCAUUGCGCUAGACCUAAGCACAUACCUCGAAGACGAGAAGGACUACGUGCCUUGGAGCGUGGGCACCGCUUCACUGACGUCGCUCAGAAACCGUGUUUACUACACGAGCCUUUACAAGGACUUUACAACGUACGCCCGCAAACUGCUGUCACCAAUUGUGGAGAAGCUGACCUUUACCGUGGGCACGGAUCAUUUGGAAAAUAAACUGCGCAACAAGGUGCUGAAUGCUGCUUGCAGAGUCGGACACGAGAGCUCGCUGCAGCAGGCUGCCACUUUGUUCAAGCAGUGGCUGACCAAUCCCGAUACGCGUCCUAGUCCUGAUGUGCGCGAUGUUGUCUACUACUUUGGUCUGCAAGAAGUGAACACUGAAGCCGCCUGGGACCAGGUCUGGCAACUCUAUCUGUCUGAGCCCGACGCCCAGGAGAAAGUGAAGCUGAUGAAUGCACUGGCAGCUAUAAAGGUGCCUUGGCUGCUGCAACGCUACAUCAAUUUGGCCUGGGACGAAAAGAAUGUGCGCCGCCAAGACUAUUUCUCAUUGCUGGGACAAAUUUCUGCCAAUCCAGUUGGCCAGAGCCUUGUCUGGGACUAUGUGCGCGAAAACUGGGAGCGGCUAGUGGAGCGCUUUGGCAUCAACGAGCGCACUUUGGGUAAUAUUAUUCCUACAAUAACCGGGCGCUUUGCAACGCAAACCAAACUGGAGGAGAUGCAACAGUUCUUUGCCAAAUAUCCAGAAGCAGGUGCUGGCACUGCGGCGCGUCAGCGGGCACUGGAAACGGUGAAGGCCAACAUCAAGUGGCUGGAGCUCAAUCAGGGUCAAGUCGGCAAAUGGUUGGCCAACUACGCGCAACAGGCGGCUGUGUCAAAUCGCAUCAACUAAGCUAAAUUGCUCAAAGGGCAAACUGUAAAUUACCAACUUAUUUUUGAAUAGUCUUAGCCUGAAAUUUGACUGCAUUGCAAAUGUGAAUGAAAGGAAUUGUGAAUACUAUUUUUUGAAUAAAAUAUGAAAUAUAAA